AUGUGUAUCAAACACGUAAAUGUGUGCUGCCACUGCGGUGAACUCAUGGAGCCGCAUUGGGUCAGCUGCAACUUUCACCUCCUUCUGACUCGAACAGCUCUGAGCCAAGAUCCCCCACUGGCAGAGCCUCUCCACAGCCAGUGCCCCUAUGAGAAGAGCUAUAUGCGUCCUACGCUUCGAGGGUGCGUUAACAACGACUCUUGCCCCUCGUGGUUCUGGAGUGUAUCAGAAGGGAUUGGUGAGGUUGAAGACGAAAGUCAGGAGGUGACCGAGGCACAAGAAGAGGUUGCCAGAGUAAAGUAUGAAGCGUAUAAGAAGGAGUUUGCAGAGAACCACUACACUCGACGAUCGCCCCCAAUUCGCAAGAACUUUGGAGAAUUCUUGGAGACGGCACUUGAGGAUAUACCUCCCCUGGAAUUGGAAGACAAUUCCGACGAUGAAAUUAGCUUGACGGAUGACGAUGAAGAGGAGGAACUUUUAUCUGAGACGGACUCUCUUGGCAGUCUUUCGGGCUCUAUGGAACCCAGCAGCGCUCCUCCUGGUUUGGGUGUCCACUUUGAGAUCAAUCCUGAACUGCUCUCCCAAGAAAACGUCCUUGCCAAGGAAGACAGCCCAGACCCAAAAAGCGAAUCCCCUCCAGCCGAAAAUCUGGCAAUGGAGUAUCAAGAUCUCAUAGCACCUAUCUGGGCAUGGUUCUUCCCGAACGACUCAGACCCCGAUACUGAAGUCUCUCAAUAA